GGUUGGCAAUGCGAAAUCGUCGAGCGAAUAACAGAGAUCAACAAGUAGAUCAUUUUCGACGCACAAGAAGAGAAUUAUCAAGUGCUGAUUUGCAUCGAACAGCGUUUCGAUAUGAUUACAACACCGAUUACUACUUGCAUCCUAGCGUUUGCACUGGGCCAAUGAACGUUGCUUGCGAGUAUUGUGGCGCAUUGAACUUUUCCGGAGAAAGACCCGGAUUGUGCUGCCUUAGUGGAAGAGUGAAAUUGCCAUUAUUGACUCCGCCACCUGAGCCAUUGCAUUCAUUGCUUUGUGGCAAAACACCAAAUCACGUCAUUUUCUUGCAAACAAUCAAAAAUACAAUGGUUGUUUCCAAAUGACCUCAUUUGGGGCAGACAUUAUCGAAGAACGAAGAUUUAAUCCGACAUUCAAGAUACAAGGACAGAUUCACCAUCGAAUUGGAUCAUUGCAACCUUUCGAAGAUGCACAGCAUAAAUUUUUACAAAUAUACUUCAUGGGCAACAUGGAAGAACAACUUGAUCGACGUCAAGGGAUCAAUGCAGCAAUGAAAAUAGUAAUUCUUAAAGAUCUGCAGCAACUACUUCAUGAACAUUAUGCGUUGGUCAGACUGUUCAAGAGUGCUUUGGAACGCAUGCCAAAUGAUGACUACAAAGUCGUGAUCAGAGCAGACCAUCUGGAACACACGAACGCACAUUUAACGCUCCAACAAUAG